AUGAAGUCUUUUGCUGCUACGCUCGGCCUCGCGACCACCUUCGCGAGCGUUAUCAACGCACACAGCGUUUUCACCACCUUGUUGAUCGACAAUGUCGAUCAGGGCGACGGAACUUGCGUCCGCAUGCCUAAUGAUCCUUCUACCGCCACCGACCCCAUCGCGAGCAUCACCAGUACCGACAUGGCCUGCGGCAGGGAUGGAGAGAACGCGGUUGCAUUCACAUGCCCGGCAUCUGCUGGAAGCAAGAUGACCUUUGAAUGGCGUCUUAUCCCCGACUACUCGUCUCCUGGCAGCAUCGACAAGUCACACAAAGGGCCUUGUGCCGUCUACCUGAAGCAGGUGGCCGACAUCAAGUCCACACCCGCCGCCGGUCCCGGCUGGUUCAAGAUCUGGGAUGAUGGGUAUGAUGAAAAGGCAGGCCAGUGGUGCACGGAGAAGCUCAUUGCCAACAACGGCCUGAUGUCGGUUCAGCUCCCUACUGGUCUCCCUGGCGGCUACUACCUCGUCCGCCCAGAGCUUUUGGCCCUGCACGAAGCCGACAAGGGCGAUCCUCAGUUCUACACCGGCUGUGCUCAGAUCUUUAUCGAUGGACCAUCGGGCACCCUCGAGGUCCCGGCUGAGGACUCGGUCUCCAUCCCUGGCUACGUCCAAAUGGGCCAGAAGUCGGUCAGCUUUAACGUCUGGCAGAACCCGCUGGACCUGCCGUACCCUAUUCCUGGACCCAAGGUGUUCAACCCCAUGUCCUCGAACGGCGCCGCGCCCAAAGCUGUCUCGAGCCAGACGUACGACAAGGCGGCCGUCGGCGUCGUACCGGACAACUGCCUGCUCAAAGUCGACAACUGGUGCGGCACCGAGGUUCCCUCGUACAGCAAUGCCAACGAUUGCUAUGCCUCUGCAGACGCCUGUGAUAAGCAGCUCAAGGCAUGCUACGCAGGCGCCGGGCCCACUGGCUCGGCUGGUUGCAAGCUCUGGGAGGCCAAGUGCCAAGGAAUCCAGGGCACCUGCGCGUCUGGCAGCCCCAGUGGCCCACCGAACGCUGGUGCUAAGCUCCAGAGUCCUGAUCGCCAGCUUCCCGGCCCCAUUCCCAAUGCCGAGGAUGUCGUCAACACCGUUGUCGCAUCUGUGCUGCCGGCUGCCAGCGCUGCCCCUCCAGCCGCCACUCUUGCUCCUUCUCCUGCUCCAGUUGCUGCUGCUCCAGUCGUCAAGGCAGCUCCCGCUUCUUCUCCCGCCCCUGUUGCUGCUGCUCCAGUCGUCAAGGCAGCUCCCGCUUCUUCUCCCGCCCCUGUUGCUGCUGCUCCAGUCGUCAAGGCGGCUCCAGCUCCUUCUGCCUCGGCAGCCCCGGUGCAGCCAGCCAAGGUUGCGCAGCCGGUGCAGCAGGCCGUCAAGCCCGUUGCUGCUGCCGCGCCCGCGCCAGUCGUUACGACCAUGGUGACAGUUUACACGACGGUCUUUGAGGGUGCACCUGGCCCGGCAGCCACCAACUCGCCCCAGAAGACGACCGAGCACGUCAAGAGCACCAAGCCCGAGGGUGGAGCCAAGCCUCAAAACAACAACACCAAGCCCAGCGGCAAGUCCAAGUCUGUCCACCCCAUGAAGUCCGAGGCUCAAGGGACGCCCCAGGGCGAUCUGAAGGUCUCGCUGACGGGCCAGUGCGGCGCCGCGUCCGGUCUGACGUGCAAGGGCAGCGCAUUUGGCGAGUGCUGCUCAAAGUCGGGCCGGUGCGGUUCCAGCAGGUUCCACUGCGGUGCUGGCAGCUCCAGCACGCGAGGAUGCCAGGAAAACUAUGGCGUUUGCAAGGGCAACGACGGCGGCGCAGUCGCCCCCGCCCAGAACGGUGUCUCGGCCGCCACCACCCAGGCCAGCGAUAACCAGGGGACUGGUAGCCAGUUCCAGCAGACUGCAGUCAGGAAAAUGCUUGACCAGUUGACCAGUGGACUCCAUUUCUUUUAG